UUCAACAGAUACUCAUCUUCAAGCUGUGUCCUUAACUCUCUAAAACUCAUUGGUAAUCUCUGUGGAAUGUAGACUACACAAAGUAAAUUUCAGUGAGUCAUGAUGAAUAUCCAAGUAGGAUUCCAGCAAUUUAUGCUCUUGCACCAUUAGAUAAGCAACAUGCAAUGACUUUCGACUUAAGGCAUCUGCAACCACAUUUGCUUUCCCCGGAUGGUGUUCAAAUUCGAAGCUAUAGUCCUUCAAAAUUUAUAGCACAAUCCUUAAAUGCUUGGCAUUCUGCUCCUCAUUUUUAGAAUAUAUCAAAAUGUCAUCAAUAAAUACCACUACAAACUGAUCCAGGUAAGGCCUAAAUAUGUGGUUCAUGUAGUCCAUGAAAAUCGCAUGUGCAUUUAUUAACCUAAAUGGCAUGACCAGAAACUUAUAAUGCCCAUAUCUGGUAUGGAAAGCUAUCUUGGGCACAUCCUCCAAGCGCACUCUCAAUUGAUGGCAUCAUGACCUCAACUUAAUUUUUGAGAACACCGAAGCUCCUACCAAUUGAUCUAACAAAUCAUCAAUCCCUCAGUAAAGGAUAUUUGUUCUUCACCAUCACCUUAUUCAAAUGUCUAUAAUCAAUACAGAGCCGUAACCUACCGUCCUUCUUCUUAAUAAAUAGCACAGGUGAUCCCCAAGGUGACACACUAGGUCUAAUAAAUCCUUUUUCAAGUAACUCCUCUAUCUGCUUCUUCAACUCAGCUAACUCCAUUGGUGACAUUCGGUAUGGUGCCUUUGAGAUUGUUUUAGUUCCUGGCACUAGGUCUAUAGUGAAUUCUACUUCCCUUUCUGGAGGCAAACUAGACAUAUCAUCCUUAAAUACCUCAGGGAAUUCAUUCACUACCCCAAUCUUAGUAAUAUUUCCAUCAUAGACCCCAUGCACUAAAAAGAAAACCAUAUAAGCCAUACACCCUUAUUGUAUCACACUAGUAUAAAAUAUGAAAUUUACAGGGUACCUUUUACACCUAUUAGAAGGCAAAUAGUGUAAAAAAUAUAGGUGAUGGCAUUUUUGUAAUUAUGUUGAAGUUUUAGACACUUUUUACACUGGGUGGACCACCAUCUGGUGUAAAAAGUAUGGUUUCUACACUGGGUGGCCAUGCACCCGAUGUAAAAAGUGAAGUUUUGGACACUUUUUACACUAGGUGGAAGUGAAGUUUUGGACACUUUUUACACUGGGUGGACCACCACCCAGUGUAGAAAAUAUUUUUAAAUUUCCCCUCCUUCUUAAUGUCUUCUUCCUCCAUUCAUUUGCUCCUUCUUCAGUUGCUUCCUCCUUCUUGUCGUCCUCCCCCUGUUGCCGCUUUACUCCACCGCCCUUUCCGACCCCCGUUGCCGCCCCUCCUCGUCGUCUCCCCCUCCCUUAGCCACCCCUUCCUUCUCGUCUCCCUCUCCUUGUCACCCACCCCUUCCCUCACUGCCCCCUUCCCCUCUCCCUACCCUCCUUUCUCAAUGCCUCUGCCCUGCCACCACUCCUUCUCCCCUUUUCACUCUCUUAGUGCUGAGCCGUUGUUGCUGCCACUCAGCUUUUAUGUGUUGAGACACGCAUAUAAUAUCAUCACAACUGGCUUGAUUGAGUUCAUUGAAAAGAGUGAGACUGAGAGAGAAUCUACAAAAUUGUUACAAGACUGGGGGCAAACGUACUGCUUAUCCUGUCAACGGAGCGUGGUACUUACCACUCUACAACAGUAGAAUUUGAGAAAAGCUUGUGGUUGACUCUAGCCCAUAGUUGUUGGAAGAGGAAGAGAUAGAAGGUUGAAAGAAGAAAAUGCGGUCAGGGUAGCUGACU